UCCUGCCCAGGCCUCCAGUGAUGUCUGUUGGAGACAGGGAGAUGCCUGGGCCCUUGACAUCUCCGUGUGUGUCUUACAGCCCUGGCGGUGGCCUCAUCAUCAUUGACAGCAUGCCGGACAUCCGCAAGAGGAAGCCCAUUCCACUCGUGAGCGACCUGUCCCUGGUCCAGUCCAGAAAAGCGGGCAUCACCUCCGCCUUGGCCUCCAGCACUUUGAACAACGAGGAGCUGAAAAAUCACGUUUACAAGAAGACCCUGCAAGCCUUAAUCUACCCCAUCUCCUGCACGACGCCGCACAACUUCGAGGUGUGGACGGCCACCACGCCCACCUACUGCUACGAGUGCGAGGGGCUGCUGUGGGGCAUCGCGCGGCAGGGCAUGCGCUGCACGGAGUGCGGCGUCAAGUGCCACGAGAAGUGCCAGGACCUGCUCAACGCAGAUUGCCUGCAGCGGGCUGCAGAGAAGAGCUCCAAGCACGGGGCGGAGGACCGGACGCAGAACAUCAUCAUGGUGCUCAAGGACCGCAUGAAGAUCCGGGAGCGGAACAAACCUGAGAUCUUCGAGCUCAUCCAGGAGAUCUUCGCCGUGACCAAGACCGCGCAUACGCAGCAGAUGAAGGCGGUCAAGCAGAGCGUGCUGGACGGCACGUCCAAGUGGUCGGCCAAGAUCAGCAUCACUGUGGUCUGUGCCCAGGGCUUGCAGGCAAAGGACAAGACGGGAUCCAGUGACCCCUAUGUCACUGUCCAGGUUGGGAAGACCAAGAAACGGACGAAAACCAUCUAUGGGAACCUGAACCCUGUGUGGGAGGAGAACUUCCACUUUGAAUGUCACAACUCCUCAGACCGAAUCAAGGUGCGUGUCUGGGACGAGGAUGAUGACAUCAAAUCCCGUGUGAAGCAGCGGUUUAAGAGGGAAUCCGAUGACUUCCUGGGACAGACGAUCAUCGAGGUGCGGACACUCAGCGGCGAGAUGGACGUGUGGUACAACCUGGACAAGCGGACUGACAAAUCCGCCGUAUCAGGUGCCAUCCGGCUACACAUCAGCGUGGAGAUCAAAGGCGAAGAAAAGGUGGCCCCCUACCAUGUCCAGUACACUUGUCUACACGAGAACCUGUUCCACUUCGUGACAGACGUGCAGAACAAUGGGGUUGUGAAGAUCCCAGAUGCCAAGGGUGAUGACGCCUGGAAGGUUUACUAUGAUGAGACAGCCCAGGAGAUUGUGGAUGAAUUUGCCAUGCGCUACGGCGUCGAGUCCAUCUACCAAGCCAUGACCCACUUUGCCUGCCUCUCCUCCAAGUACAUGUGUCCCGGGGUGCCCGCCGUCAUGAGCACCCUUCUCGCCAACAUCAAUGCCUACUACGCGCACACCACCGCCUCCACCAACGUGUCCGCCUCUGACCGCUUUGCUGCCUCCAACUUUGGGAAAGAGCGCUUUGUCAAGCUUCUGGACCAGCUGCACAACUCCCUUCGGAUCGACCUCUCCAUGUAUCGGAAUAACUUCCCAGCCAGCAGCCCAGAGAGACUCCAGGACCUCAAAUCCACUGUGGACCUUCUCACCAGCAUCACCUUCUUUCGGAUGAAGGUGCAAGAACUCCAGAGCCCACCCCGAGCCAGCCAAGUGGUAAAAGAUUGCGUGAAAGCCUGCCUCAACUCUACUUAUGAGUACAUCUUCAACAACUGUCAUGAACUCUAUAGCCGGGAAUACCAGACAGAUCCGAAAGGAGAAGUUCCCCCAGAGGAACAGGGACCCAGCAUCAAGAACCUUGACUUCUGGUCCAAGCUGAUCACUCUCAUAGUGUCCAUCAUUGAGGAAGACAAGAAUUCGUACACUCCCUGCCUCAACCAGUUUCCCCAGGAGCUGAACGUGGGUAAAAUCAGUGCUGAAGUGAUGUGGAACCUGUUUGCCCAGGACAUGAAGUAUGCCAUGGAGGAGCAUGACAAGCAUCGCCUGUGUAAGAGUGCUGACUACAUGAACCUACACUUCAAGGUCAAGUGGCUAUAUAACGAGUAUGUGGCAGAGCUUCCUGCCUUCAAGGACCGCGUGCCUGAGUACCCUGCGUGGUUUGAGCCCUUUGUCAUCCAGUGGCUGGAUGAGAAUGAGGAGGUGUCCCGGGAUUUCCUGCAUGGGGCCCUGGAGCGAGACAAGAAGGAUGGGUUCCAGCAGACCUCAGAGCACGCUCUGUUCUCCUGCUCCGUGGUGGACGUCUUCUCCCAGCUCAACCAGAGCUUUGAGAUCAUCAAGAAACUCGAGUGCCCUGACCCCCAGAUCGUGGGGCACUAUAUGAGGCGCUUUGCCAAGACCAUCAGUAAUGUGCUCCUCCAGUAUGCAGACAUCAUCUCCAAGGACUUCGCCUCUUACUGCUCCAAGGAGAAGGAGAAAGUGCCCUGCAUCCUCAUGAACAACACGCAGCAGCUCCGAGUGCAGCUGGAGAAGAUGUUCGAAGCCAUGGGAGGAAAAGAGCUGGAUGCUGAGGCCAGUGACAUCUUGAAGGAGCUCCAGGUGAAACUCAACAAUGUCUUGGACGAGCUCAGCCGGGUGUUUGCUACCAGCUUCCAGCCACACAUCGAGGAGUGUGUCAAGCAGAUGGGUGACAUCCUCAGCCAGGUGAAGGGCACGGGCAACGUGCCAGCCAGUGCCUGCAGCAGCGUGGCCCAGGAUGCUGACAAUGUGCUGCAACCCAUCAUGGACCUGCUGGACAGCAACCUGACUCUCUUUGCCAAAAUCUGCGAGAAGACGGUGCUGAAGCGGGUGCUGAAGGAGUUAUGGAAGCUGGUCAUGAACACCAUGGAGAAGACCAUCGUCUUGCCACCCCUCACCGACCAGACGGGAACCCAGAUGAUCUUCAAUGCAGCCAAAGAACUGGGUCAGCUGUCUAAACUCAAGGACCACAUGGUACGAGAAGAAGCCAAGAGCUUGACCCCGAAGCAGUGUGCAGUAGUUGAGCUGGCCCUGGACACCAUCAAGCAAUACUUCCACGCAGGUGGCGUGGGCCUCAAGAAGACCUUCCUGGAGAAGAGCCCAGACCUGCAGUCCCUGCGCUACGCCCUGUCCCUCUACACGCAGGCCACCGACCUGCUCAUCAAGACCUUCGUGCAGACGCAAUCGGCCCAGGGCUCGGGUGUGGAAGACCCUGUGGGUGAAGUUUCAGUCCACGUCGAGCUCUUCACUCAUCCGGGAACCGGGGAGCACAAGGUCACUGUGAAAGUGGUGGCGGCCAAUGACCUCAAGUGGCAGACUUCUGGCAUUUUCCGGCCAUUCAUCGAGGUCAACAUCAUCGGGCCCCAGCUCAGCGACAAGAAACGCAAGUUUGCGACCAAAUCCAAGAACAACAGCUGGGCCCCCAAGUACAACGAGAGCUUCCAGUUCACGCUGAGCGCGGACGCGGGCCCAGAGUGCUACGAGCUGCAGGUGUGCGUCAAGGACUACUGCUUCGCGCGCGAGGACCGCACGGUGGGGCUGGCCGUGCUGCAGCUGCGGGAGCUGGCCCAGCGCGGGAGCGCCGCCUGCUGGCUGCCACUGGGUCGCCGCAUCCACAUGGACGACACGGGCCUCACAGUGCUGCGCAUCCUGUCACAGCGCAGCAACGACGAGGUGGCCAAGGAGUUCGUCAAGCUCAAGUCGGACACGCGCUCCGCCGAGGAGGGCGGCGCGGCGCCUGCGCCCUAGCGCGGGGCACGCGGGCGGGCAGCACUGCGCCUGCGCGCGGGGCGGGGCGACGUCUGUGCGCUGGGACCUCCCAGAGGCCGAGUCUCCGGGCUCUGGUGCGGAGGGCUGAGUGCGCCUGCGCCCUUGACUUAGCUCCCACCUCUAGGGACUGGUGAACGGACGACGCCCCGCCCCCUCGAGCAGCCACGCCCUAGGGCGCGAUGAAGGAAGAAGCCACAUCCCCUACCAGAAGCCAAGUCCCCAGCGCCUAGGGGACCUUUCGAGCUGGGAUGGGAGGGAGUCCUGCCCCCCUGUGGAGGAGGCCAGGUCCUGGGGCUCUGGUACGGGGAGACCCUGCCUCCUGUCCCCUGGAAAAGCCAUAAGAUGGGUCCCCAAAUCCUGGGGCCCGAGACCAAUUGCCAAGUAUGAAACUCUCAGCUCCCUGGAGGGGCGGGCCCUGGGCAAGGGGCAGGGCUUCCUAGAGCGCCCCCUGGGGUGGUCUAGGGGUUGGAGGCACUAGAAAGCUGGUUGGAGGGCCCAGGUUGGACCAGAGUGUCUUUUCAUGUUUGUGCAAAAAAUAAACAGGGAGGGAGGGGAGGAUGGGAUUUCAAAAGCACAUGCGCCCUCGGGCGCCCAAACCCUGGGGGCCAAGUGGACGGCUCUGAAGCACCCGCACUGCCCCCACUUCCCCAUGGGGGUUUGCCUCUCCUUUUCCCCCAACAUACCCAUCCUCAUAGCAUAGAGUUGAACCCACCCGUUUAACAGAUGGCAGAACUGCGGCCCAGAGAGCCGCUCGAGACUUUGCUGAAGGCCCCAGUGCCACACCUUCUCCCCACUCCCUUUGGCCUGUGUGCCCCAUCUAAGGGUGGGCUGAAAUCGGAUGACCCGACACAGCUCCCCAUUGCUGCUAACCCCUCCUCAGGGGACCUCCCCCAUUCCUUACAAGGGAUGGGGGUUCUGGGCCAAGGCCCCCACUGCCCCCUCCCACGGCUGGCUGCCAAGCAAAACCCCAGCCCUCAGCCCUUCCCCUGGGACCCGAUGGGAAGAUUCCCUGAGAACUCUUGACCUCCCACCAAGAAAGAGGGGGGCUCCCUGGACCCAGGCACCGCCCCCCCCCCAACCCCUUCUUCCUCUCCCAGAAUUCUCCAGGCAGGCGAGAAAGAGACCAGAAACUCUAGGUGUGUGUAUAUAUGUGUGUGUGUGUAAAUAUACCAACAUGCUCGGAGCUUAGUCUCCAAAAUCUCAUUCAUUCAUUCAGGCACCGUGCCACAGGAUACCCCCAGGUGGGGCCUCCACCUGCCUGAAGCUCUUCCUCCAGCAGGCGUUGGUGGGGCAAUCUGGCCAGAGUCAAGUGUCCCCAUUUUAGCUCACGGAGACAGAAUCUUUUGGUAAAGUUUGUCACGGCUUGUCUUUGCCCAGAAUCUGCUUUUCCAUGUUGGACGGGUGCUUAUGGGCCGUUUGCUUUUCCUGCCAGAUUGACCAAGCACCAGAGGGAACCGUAGGUGCGGAGGCUGAGGUGGGCAGGUUUGAAGCGCAGCGAGGUCACUGUGGCUGGCGAGGGGGACCACAGGGAGAAGGUGUUGAUGUCGGGGAGACGUGCAGAGAUAUCAGACCGGGCAGGGCCUUGUAUGCUGCUCUGGGGAGUUCUGAUAUUACCCGAAGGGAUUUGGGGAGCCCCAGGAGAUCUUAAAGCUGAGAACAGUCUGGAUUUCAGGCGUCAGAAGCUCCCUCUGGCUACCUCAUGGAGAAUGGACCAAUGCAGUUUGGGGGAGAGACAGAGUGCUUUCGGGAUAUUGAAAUUAAUUCCUGGAAAGAUUUUGGGAGAUAGAGUAAGGAAAAAA